AUGUCUCUCGUUACUUUGUCGUCCCUCCCAGACCCGAUUCUACAUUUAAUAUGUAUCUACCUCACGCCUGACCGGCCCACUGUCAACGACGACGAACAAGGCCAAUGUCCAACACUCUACCGCCCUAUCAUCAGCCUCUCCUUAACCGCGCACUCACUCAAUUGCAUUUCCUCGAAACACAUCGCAACCAACAUCAGUCUCACAGAUGCCUGCGCGCGUUGGGAUCUGUUCCUACGUACCGUAACAACGAACCCUACCUACGCGUCGAACGUCAAAUACCUAAAGUUAAACGAAAGCUCGGUCGAAGAACCGAGUGGGAAGCCGCUCUCGAAAUCCCAAGGCGAACACAUCGUAGACAUGUUUAGGGCGUUGAAUAGCUUAGAGGCGCUACACUUACAUUACGACACACCGGCCUACGCUGAUCUCAUCGUACACUGUCUCACGUACAAGUCACUGCCACUAUGGGAUACACUACGAGUGGUGCGUUUCGAUAAUAUAAAUGCCUGGGAUGAAGAGUGCAUCGUGCAACUCGAUCUCGAGCGCGAAGAGAGAGGAGAAAAAGAAGGCACAGGCGGCAAAUACACUUCUGGGACGGAGCGGCUCAAUGGGGAGUUAGAGGGCUUGAACAUUACCCGCUUCCUCAAUGUACCAGAUGUCACUGGUGUCAGCAUUACGACACGCGACGUUGAAAACGAUGGCGAUGACAAGGAUGAUGCGGAUUGGGUGGACGGAGACGAGGAAGAAGAAGUGGAUGAAGACAGCGAUGGAUGGAGUGAGCGGGACUAUGAAGAUGAUAGUGAAGAUAGUGAUUGGGACUCUGAGGAUGAGAGCGAUUACGAGGACGAUUGGGAAGCCGAGUAUGGUUUUAGUGUACCGAAGGCUGAGCCGACUAAGGAUCUACCGGUCCCGAAUACCGCUGUCGUUGUUCCUGGGAAAAGUCUUUUGGACUUUUGA